AUGGGCCAUUGUCUAAGCUGUUUCAAAAAUCAAGCUAAUGCAGAUAUUACCACUUCACCACACAGAAAAAAAGAUGAGAUGACAGAAAUAGAAGUCACAGUCUCUGUUUACCCGCAACAAGAACCUCUUCUCAAUGACAAUCAAAAUAGCAUUACUCAGUUCAGAAACACAAGUUCUUCACAUGUUUCAAGCACAUUAUCAGGUGAACAGAGUCCUGUGGAGAUAACCAAUACACACAAGCCAAUCACAGUUUCAGAGAGAAUACCUAAGCCAUUCUAUCAGAAGUUGCCAACCAUACCUCGGACUAUGUCAUCAUUGAGUAACAAUGACUCUCGAAUAUCUGAGUCUAAAAUUAUUCAGCUCUUUGAUCAGUACAAAGAUUCAUUAGAAGAUGCUAUAUUGGCUGAAGGAAUAGAAAACCUAUGUAAUGAUCUGCAGUUGAACCCAGAUGACUUCAAAGUUUUGGUUUUGGCAUGGAAAUUAAAUGCUAGUCAAAUGUGUAGGUUUACAAAAUCUGAAUUUGUACAGGGCUUGAAGAAUAUGAAAACAGAAUCAAUUAAAGGUAUACAAAAUAAAUUAAAUGAAAUAACAAAUGAGCUAAAGAGGGAUACUGAACACUUUAAGGAUUUGUAUAGAUUUACAUUUAAAUUUGGUUUAGAUGUGAGCACAGGCCAGAGGAUUCUGCCUACAGACAUUGCUAUUGUAUUGUGGCGUCUAGUCUUUACAAACAAUGAGCCUCCUAUAUUAGACAGGUGGUUGUUGUACUUGGAAAAGAAUCCACAUAUAAGAGGCAUUCCAAAGGACACAUGGUACAUGUUUUUAAAUUUCUGUGAAUUCAUUGGGGAUGAUCUCAGCAGUUAUGAUGACACGGAGGCUUGGCCAAGCCUCUUUGACGAUUUUGUGGAAUAUGAAAAUGAUCAAAUGAAUCAAAAUGUCAAGAAGAAUGAUAUCAAAACACAGGAUUAA